CACCAGCCUGGGGAUCGGGAGGUAGACAGUGGAGAGCGCAGGCGCAGUGCCCGCUCCCGUGGCGCCCCUCUCCCUGCCCCGCCUGGCAGCAUCAGCUACCCUAGCCGCGGUUUUCCUGGCGUAGUGCAUGGAGGACUCAGCAGGCUCGAAGGUUGGACUUAAGUGCGGGGCAGCAAGCAGUACAGGCCGGAGCACCAGGCACGCUUUACUCGCUGUGAUACGCAGGUAACCGGGCCCCCGAGAGCCGAAUUAUCUGAAGAAAUGGAUACUUCUCCCUCCAAAAAAUACCCAGUUAAAAAACGGGUGAAAAUACAUCCCAAUACGGUGAUGGUGAAAUACACUUCUCAUUAUCCCCAACCUGGGGAUGAUGGAUAUGAAGAAAUUAAUGAAGAUUAUGGAAAUUUUAUGGAAGAAAAUCCAAAGAAAGGUCUGCUGAAUGAAAUGAAAAAAAAAGGAAGGACUUUUUUUGGAACCAUGGAUACCCGACCUCCACCAACAGAAGACCCAAGGACCAAUGAGAUUGGACAAUUCCAGAGUUUUGCAGAAAAAAACAUUUUCCAAUCCAGAAAAAUGUGGAUAGUGCUGUUUGGAUCUGCUUUGGCUCAUGGAUGUGUAGCUCUCAUCACUAGGCUUGUUUCUGAUCGUUCUAAAAUUCCAUCUCUAGAAUUGAUUUUUAUCCGUUCUGUUUUACAGGUCUUAUCUGUGUUAGUUGUGUGUUACUACCAGGAGGCCCCCUUCGGGCCCAGUGGAUAUAGAUCACGACUCUUCUUUUAUGGUGUAUGCAAUGUCAUCUCUAUCACCUGUGCUUAUACAUCAUUUUCUAUAGUUCCUCCUAGCAAUGGGACCACUAUGUGGAGAGCCACAACCACAGUCUUCAGUGCCAUUUUGGCUUUUUUACUUGUAGAUGAGAAAAUGGCUUAUAUUGACAUGGCUACAGUUAUUUGCAGCAUCUUAGGUGUUUGUCUUGUCAUGAUCCCCAACAUAGUUAAUGAAGAAAAUUCCUUGCUAAAUGCUUGGAAAGAAGCUUUUGGAUACACUAUGACUGUGAUGGCUGGGCUGACCACUGCUCUUUCCAUGAUAGUAUACAGAUCCAUUAAGGAGAAGAUCAGCAUGUGGACUGCACUGUUUACUUUUGGUUGGACUGGGACGGUUUGGGGAGUAUGUACUAUGUUUGUUCUUCAAGAACCCAUUAUUCCAUCAGAUGUAGAAACCUGGAGUUAUCUCAUUGCUAUAUGUGUCUGCUCUACUGCAGCAUUCUUAGGAGUUUAUUAUGCCUUGGACAAAUUCCAUCCAGCUUUGGUCAGCACAGUACAACAUCUGGAAAUUGUGGUAGCAAUGGUCUUGCAGCUUCUGGUGUUACACAUAUUUCCUAGUGUCUAUGAUGUCUUUGGAGGUGUAAUCAUUAUGAUUAGUGUUUUUGUCCUUGCUGGCUACAAGCUUUACUGGAGGAAUUUGAGAAGGCAGGAUUAUCAGGAAAUUAUAGACUCUCCCAUUAAAUGAAUACCUAACUAUUGUCUUAACCAUCAGUUAUUAAUAGGUACAGUGCCACUUUAAUAUUCACCUAUACCUUUUGUGUUAUAUAAUUGGCAGAGUGCUAUAUAAUAUUUAAUUAAUAUAUGCAGAUGUGGAAAAAAUAUACUCUAGUCUAAUAUACUCAAAAACAAAUAUUAAAUAUGUAAAAUGUCAUGAACCUAAUGUCUUUACUGUUAUUAACAAAAGGUAAUUGUGGUAGGAGAAUGUUAACUUUCAACACUAAAGACAUAGAUUUGAAGAGACGACCCCUUUCAGAUGAAAAUUCUGUUGAUACUAAAAUUCCAAGAUUAGAAACAUGUUCAUGCCCAAUGUUUUAUAAAUGUUCAGCAGAAAUCCUUUAGUAUUCAAAAAAUCUUCAUUUGUGAAAAGUACACUGUAGGGUAAAAUGCUGAACACUGGGCCCUGCUUUACCAUCUACUUGCAUUAGAAAAUCAGAGGUGAUUGGGCUUAGUAAGGGAGCUUGAGUUAAGGCAAGAAGAGGAAACAAAAGAAAGGAGCUGGUUUUUCAAUGACAAGGGUGCUUAUCCUACCUUAGAACAGUAAAUUGGUUUUACUCUUGCUAUGGCCACAUUAGGCAAUGCAUAGGAUAUGGAAGUAGGCAAUAGACUGGAUUCUUGCCAGCUGUACUUAGUUUACGCCAUUUUUUGCCUGAUGGUGGGAGGUCUAGUACUGGGGCAGGUUCUGCUUAUCCUGUUAUAGGAUCUCUUCAAAAUUGCCCUUGUUUAGAUUUUGUAGUUAGUACAUGUAUGAGCUUCAGUAAAGGUACUCUUCAGCCCCACCAAAAAUACUAACAGUAAUCACAGUAUAGUAGAAAAAUGAUACAAUAUGGUGUCCUCUCUUUUUAAAAAGGCAUAAAAGCCUGUAAAAGCAGAAGGUGGCAUUAACUUACGUCUAAUUUGGGAAAUUUUUACUAAUUUAGUACAAAGCAAUGUUGAUAUGGUACUGGUUAUUAAACUAUUGUUACUGAGCUAUCCUAGCUCCAAAUUCACCUUUCUAUACUUUCCUUUCUGAUGCUAUGGCUCAGACCCUGCAAACCAUUUUUCCUAUGCUAGCUGAUGUCUCACUAAGUUCCACCAAUAAAGGCCAUUACAGGGUGACUAGAAGUGAAGGGGCAAAGGGACUUCCUCCUUUCCAAUUGUUUGCAGUGUCUGUCACUGUUACCUCAGCAAUAAGCAAUGGUCCCUAGCUCUAACAGAAACAACUGAUUUUAUCCUUGAGCUUCUUUUGGCACACCUUCACCCCCAACCAGCCUCACCAUAUCCCUUUUAAAGGUAGCAAGACUAGAUGGACAGCAUCCACUCAGGGACUGGAGCUACAGUUCAUCUGGGUUAUUCUUCUGAGCUUUUGAGACCUGAUAGUCCAACCUCAGUUCCUCUUUUUUCACUUGCUUUAGUGGAGAUAGCUGCUCUCUACAGUCAUCACCUCUGGGCUACUUCAGUGUUCCCGUUUUGCUUUUCCAGUCCAUCUCUUGCUGGGGAUGUUGGUUCUCAGUUUGUGAGUUCAGCAAAGAAAGAAUUCAGAGCCAAGAACUCGGGCACAAGAGGAAGUUUAUUUAGCAUGCAAAGCGAAAGUACACUCAAAGAGAAGAUUUGAGUGGGCUGCUCAGAGAGCUGGCUUGACCUUUUAGAAAGAAAGUCACAGAGGCAGAAGUGAGCCAGCAACGCCGUGUGGACUUGGGAAACAAGUUACAGAAGCAAAGGGCCCUUCAAGACAGGUCCAGGGGAGAGCCUAGGACAAGCUGCCGCUGCCCACUGCUCUCUUGAUUACAAAUGUCAUGGGGACCCUUAGAACUUAGGAGAAAGAAAGCACAGAUACACACCCGAAGAAAGAAGGUGAGGUUGUGCUCUAGACUGAGAAUGCACUGGGUCCUUGUUUUAAAGGUUUUUUAUCUAAAGGCAGGAAUUUUAGGGGUGGUCUCAGGGGAGAUCUCAAUAGAAUAUUCAUCAGCUUUCCAGGUGUGUCCUUUAAUGUGCUGACACAUCCAAGUGAGCACAUAGAUCAUUCUCUGGUCAGUUUCACCUUCAAAGAAUGUUACCUGAAAGGGACCAGGACUGAGGUAGGUCCACUCUGGCAUGGUCUGGAAUGUGUAAGAUAAGACCUUGCAAUUUAUUAUCUGGCUAUAAAUUGCUUGCCUGGUUUGUUCAACUAUCUGUCUCAGUCUCAGUUUCCCCAUUCUGCUUCCCAAAUAAUUGUCCUAGCUUCUUGCUGUCCUGCCCCACAUCAAUGUCAAAUACUAAAUUCUCUGUUGUAA